AUGAAGGUUCAUAUUUAUUUCUUAUUCUUAUCCAUUUGGACAAUCAGUUGCUUAAAUAUAAACCACAUCAAUGAAUCAUCUACUGCCAGAACCACAGUUGUAAAAACUACGGUCUCUACAGGAGCAAAGAUGGACGAUUUUAGGAAACGCUUGUUGGGCUUCAUAUUUGAAAUAAUUAUCAUAACCUUUACCUUUACCUGCUUUUGUUUACUUCAUUAUAACUGCAUGAUCGAGGAAGUCCAACCACCAGGAGGGCUCAACAAAGAAAAUAUGGAAGCUAUAUCAUCCUGGGUAUCCAAGGUAUCAGCUUGUCAACUUGAUAUAAUAACUGAGGACAUUCUAGAAACUCAACUUCUGCUGUUAAAUUCAGACCCAAAGGCUGAGCCCUCAUGUCAAGAAAAUCUAUCUAUGCCAAACGAUACAAUAAAACCAGAUGAGCCUUCAAGUCUAGAAAAGCCAUGCAUACCCUCCAAUCCACAAAAUUCAAUGAGAUGUACAAAUACUGAUAAGUCAUCCAUGAAAUGCAGUGUAAAAACAUCAAACAGACAAUUCAAUACAAAAAGGUCAACCAAGUCAUCAAAUCCCCAAAGAUUACAUAAGCCAUCUAGCCUGAAUAAGUCCUAUAAGAAACACAGCCUUAAAAAAUCGCAGAAGCUCGCCCAUACCUGUAAAUUGUCCUGCUCAGAGAUGCAAGCCAUACCACCCUGGCUAACCAUUGUGAAAACGUCAGAAGGAGACCAAACCAGGCACGUGGAAGCCAUGAUCAAAAAAGAUCUUGCGGAGUCAAAAAGGGAGCAUGCUGGAAAUCCUUAUGCUUCAAAGACAAUGAAGCCAUUUCCCAAGUCCUUUUAUGAAGCAGAGUACAAAUACACUGAAAGAGCGUACAAGUACAAAUGUUAUAAAGAUAAUGAGAGUAACGAGACUAUGAAAACAUGUGACAGUGAAGACAGUGAUACAGAGGUAGUCAUUAUUUGUGACAGAAGUCAUGAAGAUGAUGACAUGGCUAAAAGCAUCUCAACUUACUAA